AUGGACAGUUUUGUGCGUGCUGGGUUUCCGAUAUCCAUGCUGGAUGAAGAGAUGGUCGCACCUCGCAAGACCUUCACAGACCAGACCCACUCGAAAUCAGCGCCGGCUUUCCUUAUUCAAGCCACUUUCAUCCCUGGGGGCCUCCUACUGACGUUUCUCGCACAGCAUAAUACCAUGGAUAUGACCGGUCAAGCCCACAUGAUACGCCUCUUUUCCAAGGCUUGCUGCGGCGCCCAGUUCACAAGCGACGAGCUUUUCUAUGGCAAUAUCGAGCGACACAAUAUCGUCCCCUUGCUGGAAGAUUCAUAUAUUCCCGGUCCAGAGCUCGAUCGCCAUAUUGUAAAGUCCAGUACAGAGAGUUCGGCUUCAGAUCAAAUGUCAUCACCACGGCCGAACUACGUGUGGGCUUACUUCGGUUUCUCUUCCAGGUCACUUGCAGCCCUCAAAUCGAUCGCGACGGAGUCAGUGACCGCUCCCGCGUACAUAUCUACCGAUGAUGCCCUGACUGCCUUAAUCUGGCAAUCUGUUCAACGAGCUCGUCUACCACGUCUUCAGCCCGCUGCUAGAUCGUCGAUAGCCCGUGCCGUUGAUGCACGAUCGGUACUUAACAUCUCGCCUUUGUACCCGGGGCCGAUACAAGACAGCGCAUACACUACGAUCUCGCUUGAAACAUUGGUAUCAAGGCCCUUGGGAACUAUCGCUCUGCACCUCCGAUCAGCGCUAGAUCCUACAUCAGUCGAGUUUCAUGCUCGCGCCGUUGCGACUUUCCUCAGCCGUACAGCAAACAAAGUCAUCUUCUCUUCCACGGCCGACUUUGACAUGUCGAGAGACUUGAUACUCAGUUCAUGGUCAAAGGUACAGACUUCCGAUCUGGAUUUCGGCCUUGGACUCGGCAGACCGAAAGCCGUUCGGAGGCCGCGUUUCAAGGCAUUAGAAGGGUUAGUUUUCCUUAUGCCGAAGUCGCUGGAAGAGGAUGUGGCGGCCGCGAUAUGCUUGAGAGAAGAAGAUAUGAACCGGCUGAAAACGGACGCUUACUUCGGGCGCGCCCUCGCCAUAUGGGUAGGAGAACCGGAGCUGAAGUACGACGACGAUGCUAUCGAGAACGUAGUAAAAGGCCAACCGAAUCAUGGCGUCACGCCAAGCAACGGGCUUGUAAUGGUUGGUGAUACCGUGGUAGAAAGAUCCGAGAUUGAGCACAUCACAGAGAUAGACCAAGUUGCGGAAGCCGCAACCAAAGCAAAGCGGCGGAACUACUUCAUGGGAAGAUGA